CCCAGCUGGGACCCAGCGAUGGAGACGGCCCGGGACUGCGCCGGAGCCCUACUCAGGCCCCUGACGUUUAUGGGGUCGCAGACGAAGAAGGUGCUGCUCACGCCCCUCAUUCAUCCUGCUCGCCCCUUCCGGGUCUCCAACCACGACCGGAGCAGCCGCCGAGGGGUGAUGGCCAGCACCCUGCAGGAGCUCCUCACCAAGACCCUGGACGCCCUGGUUAUUGCCAGUGGAGUGGUCACUCUGGUGCUGGAGGAGGAUGGCACUGUGGUGGACACGGAGGAGUUCUUCCAGACCCUGGGGGACAACACACACCUCAUGGUCCUGGAGAAGGGACAGAAGUGGACACUGGGUGGAACCUACAUCCCAGCCUGCCAGCCACGAAAGAGACGGGGGAUCGCGAGAGUCACCUUCGACCUGUACAAGCUGAACCCCAAGGACGUCAUUGGCUGCCUCAACGUGAAGGCCACCAUGUACGAGAUGUACUCGGUGUCCUACGACAUCCGGUGCAUGGGGCUCAAGGCCCUGCUGAGGAGCCUGCUGCGGUUCCUGUCUCACGCCGCCCAGGUGACCGGCCAGUGUCUCUUCCACACUGGCACCUACAUGCUCCGAGUGCUGGCUGACACGGAGGAGCAGGCGGUGCCUGGCCCGCACCUUCGGCGGGGAGUCACGAGUGGAUAGGGGUGCACAGCGCAGGGGCUCUGCCGGCCUCAACCCUGCUGGUCCCUCUCCUCCCUCUCCGGGGACAAACUCGGAGGAUGCUGUGUUCCCACCACAUGUCACCUGCUCAGGAAAGAAAAGAGGCCUGAGGGCACUACCAGGAGCCCCCAGUGUGGGGGGAUGGGGCAGCACAAGACCUGCGGCUCCCCAAUAAACCAGUCACAA